AUGCCGGCGGGCGGAACCGAACACGGUCGGAUACGUCUGGAUAGUAAUGUUAUGAUAGACGGGGAUACCAUCCAGGUGGUUAGGGGCCGUUUCUUCAACUACAGCAUCAUCAACGUCCACUGCCCACACGAAGGGAGACCCGAUGGCGAGAAAGAAGCGUUCUACGCGCAGUUAGAGCAAACAUACCAUGGUUGCUCGCCGCGUGACGUGAAAAUCGUUGUCGGCGACAUGAACGCGCAGGUAGGAAGGGAGGAAAUGUACAGACCGGUAAUCGGGCGAAGCAGCCUGCACGCCGUAUCGAAUGAUAACGGCCAGCGAUGCGUAAACUUUGCAGCCUCCCGUGGUAUGGUAGUCCGAAGCACCUUCUUCCCCCGCAAAAAUAUCCACAAAGCCACCUGGAGAUCACCCGACCAUCAAACAGAAAACCAAAUCGACCACGUUCUAAUCGACGGUAAAUUCUUCUCAGAUAUAAUCAACGUCCGCACAUACCGCAGUGCGAAUAUAGAUUCGGAUCACUACUUAGUCGCUGUAUGCAUGCGCUCAAAACUUUCGACAGUUAUCACCACGCGUCGAAGUCGAACGUCGCGGCUCAACAUCGAGCAACUUCGUAACGUAGAAGUGGCUCAAGAUUACGCGCAGCAGUUAGCAGUGGCCCUACCAACGGAAGAGCAGCUUGGCGCAGCUACACUUGAAGAUGGCUGGAGGGACAUCCGAUCCGCCAUAGGUAGUACCUCGGCUACAGCACUAGGCUUCGCGACUCCGAAUCACAGAAACGACUGGUACGACGGCGAAUGUGAACAGUUGAAAAACGAGAAGAAUGCAGCAUGGGCGAGAAUGCUGCAACACCGUACGAGAGCGAAUGAGGCACGUUACAAACAGGCGCGGAACAGGCAGAACUCAGUCUUCCGAAUGAAGAAGCGCCAGCAGGAAGAACGAGAUUGCGAAGCGAUGGAAGAGCUGUACCGCGCUAAGGACACACGAAAGUUUGGUCUACUGGCGAAACUGCUGCUGCUGUUGCCGGCUGCCGACUGA